CCCUAAAAAAACAAAUUUCAUUUUGUUCCUUCAAUCACCAAAAAUGAUGUUUUUCUUCAAUUCAAUUCUUCAAAUUUUCAGAAAUUAGCGUCUCUCUGGUUCAGUUUUUAGGGUUUUUUUUCUUCAUUCAGCAUCGCCCAUGGCUUCUGAAGAAAUGGGACUUGUUUCAGCUCGAAGGGUGGAAAAUGGGCUCAAUCCACAGCUAGUUUUUCAUGAAAGCAGUUUCAGCUGCGGCGCACCACCACCACCACAACCUCCGGGUCGGGUCGGGUCUGUUACAGGUGAUCCAGGUCCAAAAACUACAAGGGAGCUUACCGGAUUCAUAGACAAGUAUGAUAAUCAUCAACAUCAUUACUUUCUUAAUCAACAUCAACCACAAGCUGCUGAUUUUCGCCGUCAAAUGUUCGGUGACGACCGUGGUGAUGGUGAUUGGAAUAGGAAGAGCCAUGGCGAUGGCGAUGGUGAUGGUGAUGGAUCGGAGGAUGACGAUAUGGAUGAGGAUGAGGAUGAUGAAGAUAAUGAUGAUGAGAAUGAAGUGGAGGGGAUUGUUACAGUUGAAAAUAGUAAUCAUCAUCAGAAUAAUAGUAGUGAUAAAGUUAAUAGUAAUAGUAGUAGUAAAGUAGUUGGCAGUGAUAAAACGAAAAGUGUUUCUACAUUUGGUGUGAAGGAAGGGAAUGUUGGGCCGUCGGGAAAUGAAGGUGGUCUCGAUGUGAGAAAUGCUGUGACAAUUGCUAGUGUUGAUGGGGAUAUGUAUUAUAAUCAGUAUUUGCAGGGACCGGAAGGGUCAAAUGCAGGGCAGAAGGAAAUGGGGUUUGAGAAUGGGUGUGGAUUUAGUGGAAGAAAGGAAGCUCAUUUUUCAAAUGAAUCAGGAGAGUCUUUGAGAACUAUUCUUUCUGAUCCAAUUACGGGAGAGCUUAUGGAUGAUGCGAUGAUAUUGCCUUGUGGACAUUCCUUUGGUAGUGGUGGGGUGCAGCACGUAAUUAGAAUGAAAGUUUGCUAUAUCUGUUCACAAGCGGUGUCCGAAGACUCUAUGUCGCCUAAUUUAUCUCUUCGAUCUGCAAUUCAAGCAUUCCGCCGAGAAGAGGAGUCACAGCUUAAUCGCUCUUUAAAAAGAAGAAAGGAGAGAUAUGAUCAGGAUAGAGGGACCUUUGGUGAUUCAGCACUUCCGGAUCAUCUAAGAGGAAGAGGAGUUCAGUUUCCAUUCGCUGUGACAGACAGGGUUAUAAUAAAGGGCAACAAAAGGACACCUGAGCGUUUUGUGGGUCGUGAGGCUGUUGUUACAACUCAGUGCUUGAAUGGAUGGUAUGUUGUAAAGACAUUAGAUAAUGCUGAGAGUGUAAAGUUGCAAUACCGCUCCCUAGCCAAGGUUUCAGAUAAUUUAUCAAUCCAGCCAAUAUCAAGUAAGACGGCAGCCAAUUGGCUGUAGAGAUCCAUUCAGCAGAAUGAUUCUGUCUCUCUCGUCCUAACUUAUUGCACAUACACCAUGUUUGAUACAUAUAGUCUAACUAGAACAAGCAUUGUGUUUUUUCAGCUGUAAUCUAGAUCUUGUAUCCGUUCAACGUAAUUCUCAGGCUUAGGUGUUGUAUAUUGUAUAGGUUGUCUUGUAGCACUACAGCAUUGAGAUGAGAUCCCGAGAUAUGAACUAUACAGAGCCACACUUGAUUAAAAUAAAUGAAUUAUACAGAUUCAUUUCUGCUG